CACAACUGGGCGCGUCUUAAGCCGGCUCCACACGCUUGCUGUUUGUCGCAAACGCCAAACAGCGAACAGCGAAUACCAAACACCAAACACAAACAUCCAACACAAACAACUGUCCUCAAGCUUGGCGAACGGGCCAGUAUAUUUCGGAUCGUCAAACAUGGCUGACGACGAGCUUGUGGCAGCUAUUAGUUUCGGGUUGACUUAUCUUUAUUUUAAAUUCAAGCAAAAGAACAGUGAAGUGAAAAGAAGAAAACGAAGACGAUGGUGGAUGAUCAAAAUUCACAAAAAUCGUACAAGGUAACUGCAGUCUCGUACCUAGUAAUACAAAAUAGCAUUUAAUUACAGCGUGUUCAAUUUUACGUUUUUUUUUUGUUUUAUAAAAUUUAUGGACGAAAAAUUUUGUGAGCUUCUUCAUGAACCAUCAGGAGAGUUCCAUAACUUCUGCCGUAUGAGUUUUGCAGAUUUUGAAUAUUUGCUAGACAAAAUUUCUCCUCUAAUUUCGAAGCAAGAUACGGACUUUAGAGACGCCAUACCAGCAAAAUAUCGUCUAGCGAUAACAUUAAGAUUCAUCGCAACUGGUGACAGUUACAAAAGUUUACACUAUUUAUUCAAAGUAUCAACGCAAAUCAUAUCAAAAAUAGUAAAAGAAGUCUGCAAAGCUAUUAACGAAGUUCUGAGGAUUGAAAUAAAGCAGAUGCGUGGAUGA